AUGAUCGUUCACGGCGUCUUUUGUUUGUCAAGUUCGUUAUUUCUUUGCAAAUCGUAAUUAUAGUAAAUUACAUCAAGAAAAAUGUUGUUUUGCAAAAGCUAAUAGCAGUAAACUACUAGCCGUCUUGUUUUCAAGACAAAUUCUAAGUAGCGUUGAUCGCGUACGUCUAAUAAGCACGACCCUCAAAAUGGCUGAUAUAAAGUCUAUGUUUUCUAAAAUGAGUAAUGGCACUCAGAAUGGUACAGCAGAGGCUGCACCUGCCAAGGCGCCCACCAAGGCGCAGAAAGGUACCAUAGAGAAGAUGUAUCAGAAGAAGUCUCAACUUGAGCACAUUCUUCUCCGUCCCGACACUUACAUUGGGUCGGUUGAACGUGCCACUGAGACUAUGUGGGUGUUUGACAAGGCCAAGGAGUGUAUGGUGCAGCGAGAACUUACAUAUGUACCUGGUCUGUACAAAAUAUAUGAUGAAAUAUUAGUCAACGCAGCUGACAACAAGCAAAGAGAUGCCAAAAUGGAUGUUAUCAAAAUUGAUAUAAACCAAGAAACAAAUACAAUAUCUGUAUACAACAAUGGUUGCGGUAUUCCCGUAGUAAUGCACAAGGAUGAGAAAAUGUAUGUCCCCACCAUGAUUUUUGGUCAUCUUUUGACAUCAUCAAAUUAUAAUGAUGAAGAGGAAAAAGUGACAGGUGGGAGAAAUGGUUAUGGUGCAAAGUUGUGUAACAUUUUCUCUACAAAAUUCACAGUGGAAACCGCGUCUAAGCAGUACAAGAAACAUUUUAAACAAACUUGGGGCGCCAACAUGACAAAGGCUUCCGAACCAAAAGUUAAGGAAGCGGGCAAAGAUGAUGAUUUUACUAAAGUGACAUUUAGCCCAGAUUUGGCUAAGUUUAAAAUGGAUAAACUAGAAGAUGACAUUGUGGCACUAAUGUCGCGGCGAGCUUACGACGUGGCCGCGUCGUCUCAAGGGGUAAAAGUCUAUCUCAACGGAGAGAGAAUAAAGAUAAACAAGUUCAAGGACUAUGUUGAUUUAUAUAUAAAAGGCAAAGAAGACGAGAACGGACAGCCUUUGAAGGUUGUUUACGAAAAAGUAAAUGAUCGUUGGGAAGUCGCUUUGACUCUCUCUGAUAAAGGUUUCCAACAAGUUUCAUUUGUAAACUCGAUCGCUACAACAAAAGGAGGCAAACAUGUGGACUCUGUUACAGAUAAUAUUGUUAAGAAUGUUCUAGAAGUAUUAAAGAAGAAGAAUAAGGGCGGUGUAAACAUCAGACCAUUCCAAGUCAAAAAUCACAUGUGGGUGUUUAUCAACUGUCUCAUUGUCAACCCAACCUUUGAUUCACAAACUAAAGAAAACAUGACGCUUCAAGCUAAAAGCUUUGGUUCGAAAUGUGCUUUGUCUGAAAAAUUUAUUACUGCAGUCACAAAGUCUGGGUUAGUUGAAAUGGUACUGACAUGGGCGAAGUUUAAAGCUCAAACGGAACUUGUAAAGGCAUCUGGCAAAAAACAGAGCAAACUUAAAGGCAUACCCAAACUAGAAGAUGCAAACGACGCGGGGACGAAAAAUGCGCAUCUUUGCACACUAAUCCUUACUGAGGGAGACUCAGCCAAGACGUUAGUCGUGUCUGGAUUGAGUGUAGUUGGCAGGGACCAUUACGGCGUAUUCCCGCUCAAGGGUAAACCUCUAAACGUUAGGGACGCGUCACAUAAACAGGUUUUAGAAAACGUCGAAAUAAAUAACUUGAUCAAAAUAAUGGGUCUGCAAUACAAAAAGAAAUACAACACUGUUGAUGACCUAAAGUCAUUGAGAUAUGGAAAAGUUAUGAUCAUGGCCGAUCAGGAUCAAGAUGGAUCCCAUAUAAAAGGACUGAUCAUAAAUUUCAUACAUCAUAACUGGCCAGAACUUUUAAAACUGCCAUUUUUAGAGGAAUUUAUUACGCCUAUUGUUAAAGCGACCAAGAAAGAUAAGGAGUUAUCAUUUUUCUCAUUACCUGAAUUUGAAGAAUGGAAGAAAGAUACGGAAAAUUACCAUACGUAUAACAUCAAAUACUACAAAGGUUUGGGUACCUCCACAUCUAAGGAGGCUAAGGAAUAUUUCCAGAAUAUGGACAGGCAUAGAAUACGAUUCCGUUACAGUGGCCCCACAGAUGAUCAUCACAUAGAAUUAGCCUUUUCAAAGAAAGGUGCAGAUCAGCGUAAGGAAUGGUUGACCAGUCACAUGGAAGAGGUGAAACGGAGGAAGGAGAUUGGUCUGUCAGAGAGAUAUUUGUAUACAAAAGAAACUAAACAGGUCACAUAUUCGGAUUUCGUGAACUUGGAACUGGUUUUGUUUUCCAAUGGUGAUAAUGUUAGGUCCAUACCAUCAAUGAUUGACGGUUUGAAGCCCGGCCAGCGUAAAGUGAUCUUCACGUGCAUAAAGCGUAAUGACAAGCGUGAGGUCAAGGUCGCCCAGUUAGCUGGUUCCGUUGCAGAACACUCUGCAUACCAUCACGGCGAACAGUCCCUAAUGCUGACGAUAGUGAACCUCGCACAAAACUACGUCGGCUCCAACAACAUUAACCUGCUGGAGCCGCGCGGUCAGUUCGGCACACGACUCUGCGGCGGCAAGGACUCGGCCAGCCCGCGUUACAUCUUCACGCUCAUGUCGCCUCUCACCAGGCUCAUCUUCCACCCGCACGAUGACCCGCUGCUUGUGCACGAGUUUGAAGACAGCCAGAAGAUCGAGCCAGUCCACUACAUCCCCAUCAUUCCAAUGGUGCUGGUGAAUGGGGCAGAGGGUAUCGGCACCGGCUGGUCCACCAAGAUACCCAACUACAACCCACGUGACAUUGUGGCCAACUUGCGACGCAUGCUCGAUGGCGAAGAUCCUGUACCAAUGCACCCGUGGUACAAGAACUUCCGUGGCACAAUCGAGGGCUUCGGCGAUAAAUACGUCAUUUCCGGCGAGGCGGCCAUCUUGCCCAAUGAAAAGAUCGAGAUUACCGAGCUUCCGGUCGGCACGUGGACGCAGAAUUACAAAGAGAAUGUUCUAGAACCUUUGCUUGGGACGGAGAAAGUGAAGCCAGUGAUAUCAGAGUAUAGAGAAUACAAUACAGACACAACAGUGCGAUUCAUAGUGAGCUUGCUGCCGGGGAAACUGGCGGAAGUGGAGGCGGAGGGCAUCCACAAAGUGUUCAAACUGCAGACCACCAUCUCUAUGACCUGCAUGAAUGCCUUUGACCACAUGAACUGUCUUAAGAAAUAUGACAAAGUUGAAGAGAUGCUCCGAACGUUCUACGAUGUCCGACUCAAGUACUACAUGAGAAGAAAGGACUACUUAGAGGGCCAGUUGCAAGCCGAGGCGGACAAACUGACUAACCAGGCGCGUUUCAUUGUGGAGAAGUGCGACAAAGGGCUGGUGGUAGAGAACAAGAAGAGGAAGGUGAUGGUGGAGGAACUCAUAAAGAGAGGCUACGCUCCGGACCCUAUCGCUGACUGGAAAAAGCGCGCGAGCAAAAUGCAGGGACUCGACGUUUUGGACGAGGAGCCGGAGUCCGAAGAGGAGCCUGAGCUUGAACAGGACAGCAAGGGCAAGCCUCUCGACCCAGAGAAAGCGUUCCAGCAGCUAAAAGAAGUGAAGAAGUACAACUAUCUGCUGGGCAUGUCCAUGUGGAUGCUCACCAAGGAGAAGAAAGAUGAGUUGCUCAAACAGAGAGACCAGAAGCUGUCUGAGCUCACUGCUCUCAAAGCGAAAACUCCCGCGAUGUUGUGGCGCGAGGACCUGGACGCGUUAAUGCUGAAGCUGGACGAGGUGGAAGAGAAGGAGCGACAGGACGAGGCAAGCGUUAACAAGAAAGGAUCCAAGGCGUUGAUGGAGAGGAUAAAGGCGGCCAACAAGAAGAGUCGCAAGUCAUUGAUGGACAUCAUGCCCUCUGAGAACGGGCGACGCAUCGAGCCCAAGAUUUCAGAUGACCUCAUCAAGAGGAUACAGGCCGCUGAGAAAGCCAAGAUCAAGAAGGAAGUCAAGAAGGAGUAUGAUCCUGAUGAUCCCACAGGCACUAGUUCCUCUAGCGCGGAAAAGAAACCCAAGGGGCGUGUGAAGAAGGACAAAGCAGAUAAACCCGACAAACUGGACAAAUCCGACGGACUUAAGCAGACCAAGCUCACAUUCAAGAAGGAACCUAAAAAGCAGAAGAAGACGGCAGUGAGUGGCAGCAGUUCGGGCGAGCUGUCCAACUCAGACGUGGAGAUGGUGGAGCCUCCCGCGCCCAGAGAGCGAGCCAUCGUCAGGCGAGCGGCCACUAAGGUCCAGAAAUAUAAAGACGGAUCAGACGAUACGUCCUCGGACUCAGACGUAGAGUUACACGACAACAAAAUAGAUUCGGAAGGCGAGGCUCCCCGCGCCAUGUCCGCGAGCGAUGACGACGAUGACUUCGUCAAGAAGAACGCGCACAAGAAACCCGCUGAGAUGGACUCUGAUUGUCUCUUCGACUCCUUAAUAGAAGAAACAAAAAAAGAAGAGGUAGUCAAACCAAAAGAAAAAUUCAAUAACGAAUCUCCCACAACAAUACUAUCGAGCGACGAAGAACCUCCGCCGUCGCCGCCCCCCUCGCCGAAGAAGAAAUCCGCGCCCAAGAGGAAACUUAUAAACGUUGACAAGGAGAAGAAAGAGAGAGAAAAGCCCAAGAAGAGGCCCGUGAAGACUGUUCUUAGCCAAGAUAGCGAUGACGAUGAUAGCAUAUUUGAUAGUAAAAAGGACAAAAAGAAGCUUAACCCUAAGAAGAAAGUGAAAAAAGUGAGCAGCGACAGUGAGGUGGAAGAGAUCCCCGCCAGCCCGGUAGCGCCGCGAGCCGGCGCCGGCGCGCGACCGCGGCCACAGAAGAAAUACCACUUCAGCGACGGCUCUGACUCCGAGUGAAGCUGCCUGGAUGCAGUGUUCAUCGGGUGAAUAAAAUAUGAGUGAUUGUGGGAACGCUAUAUCAGAUUUUUAUAAAAAGAUAAUAUUAUAUGAGAAGCUAGCGAACAAAAUGGCGUAAUUACACUUCUGAUCAAUUCUACUUUUUUUUCUUUAAUCCAGACUUUUUGGUCCAUUGAAUACAAAUCUGAACUCAAUUCCAAGCAAAACUGCUUAAAAUUGUGCUAAAACUGAUCCUAAGUUUGCGAUUUAGAUUAAAAUUGUACAUUUACUGUAAAGUAUUCGUAAUUGCUUUUCAAUUAGUUUUUUCUUCCUCCUGUGAAAUUUCGUUCGAUUACACUAUUUUGUUUGCCGGCUCCUUAUAUUAUGAAGAGUGAUUUUCUUAUCCUUUACGGACAAUUUUGUAAGAUACUAUAAUUAAAUUAAAUUAAAUUAAAAUUAUUAUUAACAAGAUGAUGCCCGCGACUUCGUCCGCGUAAGUUACGGUUUAAAAAAAUAUUUACUUAAAAAUAGUUACUUCGAAUAUUCUUCUACAAUUAUUUUCAUUAUUGAUUAUUAUAUAUUUCUUUUUCAUCCCGCAAGUUAUUGAUU